AUGAAACGAUUGAAAACUUUAAAGAUUUAUAAUUCAUUUCUGGGAGAGGAUGGAGCAAAAGUGAUUAGUACAAUGACAAGUUUGGAAAAUUUACAUCUAUCAGGUGCAAGUGUUGGUGAUAAGGGAGCUGUAUUACUUGGUUCAAUGCAUCAACUUGUGAAAUUGUCAAUACCUUGUAAUAGAGUUACAUCUAUUGGAGCUGAAUCGAUUAGUUCUUUACAAAAUUUAAUAACUUUGAAUAUUUCACAAAAUAUCAUAGCGGACACAGGAGCUAAAUUUAUUAGCAAUUUGAAAAAUUUGAAUGAAUUAAUUGCGGAUGGAAUUGGAAUUUCUAAUGAUGGUGUUGAAUUUAUUACUUCAAUGGAAUCCUUGACAGCACUCAGUCUUCAAAAAAAUGAUGACUUUGAGGAAAACACACCUCUCCUUAUUUCUACCAUGAAGCAAUUAACAAGCCUGGAUUUAAGUAAU